AUGGCGUCCGCUUUUCAAAAUGCGUGGCAGACUGCGCUUGAAGCCGAAGGGAAGCUUCUAAAGAGCCUUGCCGAGAAGGAGCCUACGUUUACCGAAAUCUCGCAUUACCUUUCCGAGUUUCGCGCCGCUUGUCAGAAUGCCAUACUCCAAGACUUUGAGACAUCUCGCUCUAUCGAUGUUGAGACCCGACUCUGGGAUGCACAUGUGAAAAUCAACACCCGGUUUCGCAAACUGCUCUCCCGCUUUCGCGAGGAGAACGCAAAGAAGAAGAAGCCGGUAGAAAGACGUAAACUCGAAAAGCAUUACCUUGACUUUAUCAAAUCCAGCCAGAGAUUCUAUCGAGGAUACAUACAGCAGUUGUCGUCGCACUUCGGAGGUAUCCCGGAGCUUGAAAAAGUUGCGCGGAAGUUCAGCUUUGACAAUCUAUCGGCGCAGCCUCCAGUCGAGGCUUCUGACGCUCUCCGCGCAAGUGUCCUUCAAUCAUGCCAUUCAACACUUAUCCGUCUUGGCGAUCUGUCUCGCUACCGCGAGACCGAACUGGUGAGCAAGGACCGCAAUUGGGGUCCCGCUAUUGGCUACUAUGACUUGGCUAUAGCCAUCUACCCUGCUUCAGGCGCAUCGCACAACCAGUUGGCAGUAAUAGCCCUUGCUGACGGCAAUCACUUGCGGGCCACUUACCAUCUUUACCGGGCCCUAGCUGCCCAGGAGCCUCAUCCCUCUGCCAAGGGUAACUUGGAAAUCGAAUUCAGAAAGGUGCGCCAUGCUUGGCGUAAAAGAGAGUUAAUUCGUCCCGAGGAUGCAGGAAUUCCUGGGCGAGCGUUGGCCCCUUGGUUUGUUUAUCUUCACGCUCAAUGUUACAAAGGAAAUGAUUUUCCCGAGCAUGAUGAGCUUGAGAGUGAAGUACUGAACCAGCUAGCCGUUGACCUAAAGGAGCGCUCACUUGAAGGUACGCUUCAAAAGUUCUGCCUCAUUAACAUCGCAGCAGAGGACUUCUCGUGGACGCAGCCCGAUGCAGAGCUGGAGAGGUUUGCGGUCGAAGACUCGCUCAGCAAAGACGCGAAGAGCGGGCCAGACAAGGUCACCGCUGUUGCGCGCCGCGUACUACCUGCUUUACGACAUUAUAGUUCCUGGCUUCUUAUCGUCAGUCAUUCACUAGUGGCACAUAAGGAAGAAAAGGAUACUCCUCUCGCUGUUCAAAUUACGGAGUUUUGGAAGAUCUACGCCAAUACGUUGAGCCUCCUCGCAUCAACUUUCGACGUUGUUCAUCUCCCGGAAAUCGACUACCUCUUGGAAGAAGAUGAGGAGACUCUGGGAUUUGCCCCGCUCAACAAAGACGCCGCGUCCCGCCGCUAUUUGAGUUCUACUGGCCAGCAGAAGCCCCGAAUGACCGACGUUGGAGUCGAAAGAAGUCAUCCCAACAUUGAGAUGCUGUACCGGAUCCGUGAAUUCGUGAUUGACGGUCUCGACCUAGUUGUGAGCAAUAGAAUCCCUAUAGCCCUUGUGGAUGAUGAGGAUAAGAAGACCUUUAUCUACAAAGAAGAGGGCCUUCCUUCCCAAUUCUUCGCCAGCCCCUCCGGCCAUCAUAACACGCUCUCCACGGCGAGCGUUGAACGAGAGGAUGUUCAGCAGGCGACCAAAGACGCCAAUUACGUUGCGGAUUCAAGGAGCACUUUUGGCGGUUCGCAGUCUGCGUCUGCUUCUAUGUCCGCUAAUAUGCAUCGCAUUGUCGAAGGUGUCGAACGGCUGGUUGAGUCGGACACUUACGAAAACACUCCUGCACUUCCGGACCAGCUGGCUUUCCUUCGAAGCACCAAUCAGCAAUCUAUCCCCAGCGAUUUCUUCGAGUCGAGCCUCAAUGCGACCAAUCGCGAGACAGAUGCCCCUGUUCACUAUCCUCCUAUUGCACCUCCUGGCCUGCAGCUCUCAAUGCCCAACCCCACAGCUGGGUCAGCAGCUCCACUGUCCCAGUCCUACACUUCUCGACCUACCCUUCCUGGUAUCCCAAGUAUUUGGAGCACCGGACUGUCACCCGACGUCGGUGGAUCCUCGGCUCCAAGAACGCCUCCAGGCUUGGGACAACAUCCAGGUCCAGCCAAUCCAGCAAACACCAGAAGCCCAGACCCUCGCCAUGCAUCCCACGAUAUGACUACAAACGAGCCCAUCUUCCGGAAAAGCCUUGCUGGACAAACCUCAAUGCAUAACCUUCUUGGCGGGUCAAGCUCAAUGUCCCCUUGGAUGUCACCCUCAAAUCCUGCAGCACAUCAUGGUCUUUCGGGAACAGGCUGGGAUAGAAGUCCUCUGGGAAGAGCGGCUUCCCCUCCUUCUCUCGGAGUACCAAGCCAGCCCAUGUCAAGCGGCUUAGCAAAUGCAUCAUGGGCCAACGAUGCGUUCCUGGCUAGUACAUUAUCCUCUGGAGCGGGCUUUCCCAGUUCUGGACCAACCAGUCGUCGAUCUACUUCCCAUUUCGGCGCUAUCGGGCAGACUCCAUCUUACGGUCAGGGCGGGUGA